AAGUAUUGAUUCGGAACGGAGAUUUAGCACAGCGGUAAGGUGUUUAUACGUACUGGAGCCAAGGUUGACGUGAUGAUAUCAUUGUAUUGGUUAUCAGUUAUAUGGAUUGAUCGACAUAGAUGCGUGGAGGGAGAAAAUGUAUUUGAUGUGAAAACUGUGAACGCCCUAUGGAUAUGUAAACAAGGUAGAAUAAUGUCAUGUAAAGCUGUGGUGUGAGACUAUGAUUUCAAAGCGGCGAUAACAUGCAACAUGACCAUGUAGGGAUGUAACUUGAAUUUAUUCUGUCACGUAUUAGACAAUACUCGCACUAGUUCACAGCAGUGGAAACUACAAGACCCAUUGCUCAUACGGAUAUUCUUUCCACACGCGAAAAAGUAAUCGUUAUUUUUUUGCGUCGUGGAUUAUCAGAUGCUUUAGAAUAUCGUCAUUUGGAUUGGUAUGAAUGAAUAUAUUCGUUAUGGAUAAAACAACCGAAAUUGUGUGCUGCGUAUUCGGUUUAGUGUUAAGUAUUGUCAUGGUGAGCAGUUCAAAUUUCCUCGAAGUAUCAAAUAAGGACUAUCCCAUGCACGCUUCGUCCUAUAGGCUGAAAAGAGCGAUAGAAAUAACUCCUAAUUCUGGUGUAUAUCGCUGUAAUGAAGACGUCAGCAGGUCGUGUGUUUGUGCUGGAUGUCCAAGCAUAAGCGGAACUGAUCAGUGCUGCAUGCAUGUGCACAACAUGUCGGCAAUAGUUCAGGGAGUCGUGGUCAGGCUGCUGCGAUUUGACGUAAAGCAGUUUGAUGGUGAUUUGGAGAUAAAAUUCCGAAAGGUCGUUCGAGACAAUAUUAUAAACUAUUGCAGUUUGAAUGCAACUAGAUUGACAUAUUGUGGUUUUGGUGUUAAUGACAGCGUGUCAAAAACGGUGCGGCUUGAGGAUGUCGUUAUCAUCGAGGUAUACGAAUCGGAAAAUUACACCGAAUCGGUUGAUAAGUAUAAGAUUUUCAGGGAUUUAAACGUCGUGGUACUCGUCUACAAAACCACCUCUCCAUCUGGUACCAGCCGGCGAAAACGAGCCGCUCAAUCAAGUCAAACGCACACCUACGUUUCACAAAAUGCCUUAAAAACGUUGAUGAUCAGUAGCAUUAGUUCGAUGGAAAGAGAACUUGGCGUAAGAAUUGGAGUGAUUUGGCUUUGGGACCCAAUACCGAAGCCGUUUACACAGACAGAACUUGCAGGGAUAUCAAUCGGAGGGAUCUUUGCCUUUCUUUUUCUCAUGACAUGCUGUUGCUCCAUAAAGCGAAUUAUAACGGACAGACGACGUAUAUUGAAGAAGAGGCGCGAUCGCAAAGCUAUAGAAGAAGCAUUGAGAGCCGCAUCGUUUGAUCAAGAGAUGGAGGCAACUGUAAAUACCAUAAGUAAUGGUCGCCUUCAGCAUGAGUUAUCGGAUGACGACGAUGGAACACCUGAGGAGCACACCAUUGAAGCCACAGUGCACCAAGCGUAUUCAGAACACUAUGUAAAUAACGGUAACUUAAUGGGCAAGGGUUCACGGCAGUAUAGCAACACAAACUCCAAACGGGACGCCAGUAUUACAUCAGACCAUGACGUCAUGAAAAACGGACUCACCAAAAAUGGGAUUACACGUGCUAAUCAGAAUGAAAAACCUCGGCUAGGGCCGAGGUUGUCUUAUGAAUUGGCUGUCAGUAGUUAUUUUACAAAUGUCAAUAAUAAUAAGGUACCUCAGAAACGGACUCGUUCCCAUGACAGAAUAAUACAUCCCGCAGAUUACAUAGAGGGUGGAGACGAAACAUACCAUUAUUAUGAUGACGUCACUGAUUUCAACGGUGCUGCAGUUAACGCGGGGUUUGAGCACAGCGUGCACGACUGACUGAGGAAGUAUGUGAAAGAGACUAAACAGCCUGAACAUCCUACUGGUAUGACCGAAAGCGAACAAGCCAUGUAUUUUUGAUAAUGCAGUGUUUCGUGUGAUAUUUGUCGCAUGCAGCGAAGGUAAACUACUGUGAUUUUUGCCUUUGUUAAACCGACAUUACGUAAUGAGUUUUUGUACAUGUAGGACGAUAUUUUGACUCAAAUUUAAGGUAAACCUGGUUAGUGUUGCAGAAGUACCUUGAGCAGUCUUCUGCGGGUGUGGCCUGUUCUCCGUAUUCAAUGUUAUUGUACGAAUCACUUAAUUUUGCGCAUAACUCACAAUAUUCGGCAAAUUGUAACAUUUAAAUUGUCUUGAAAUCACUGUUCGUCUUUUUAAAAUCAUAGCCAGUUCUCGUCAUUUUAUAAAUAGCUGCCGUUAUUUUGCUGCGCUUCCUAUUUAUCGUACGACCACCUCACAAUAUUCAUAAGUGGCCGAAAACCAGUUGCUUGUGUUGUAUUUUGUUCAGGUUGUAAAGCAACUCGGACCCAUUGGGCCCAAAACAUCAAUCGAAUUCUUAUAGGAAUGUAAGAUAGGUCUUAUUAGUUUCUUAUACAUGCAGAAGUGUUCAAUCUUUACAAAGAAUAAUAUAUUGUAAGAUUCAUUUUAAACUGAAAAAUAUCUUGACUUAUGUAAAGCUGUAAGCAUCUUAUUUCGACUCAAAUGGGCGUCGAUUCUGAUUUAAUGCCGACUCCGGACAGGCAUGGUGGUGAACGACGAUAUGAGGGCAUGUAGGUCAGGUUCGGUUGCGUUUACCAACCGACGAAGCACGAAGUACAAAAGUCUGUCAAGUCAUCAUGUCCUGAGAUAAUUCACUUCCACGACAAUUGGAAGUUAUCUUCUAUACCUAGUCGUACAGGGAAUCGGGGAAAUUCGAAAUAAUGUCGUCGAUUACCUAAGUACCUAAGUAUAUACACAUAUUUCAUACUUCGUCGUUCGUAGCUCACGUAAAGGGUUGCGAAGCGACGACCGAACAAUGGUGGGGGCUUCACACAAAUGAGGUCAUUUAAAUACCUAUAUUUUACAAACGUAGCAAUGCACUAGCACUACAUAUAUUGUAUUGAGUAAAAAAAGGCAUUGUAUAUAAUAUGUGGUUAAGAUUAUAUCCAAAUUCAACUAAGUCUAAAGUCGUGACGCAGACAGAUGUGAGAAUCAUCGUCGAGAGUAAGUAUUGACUAAUCGAUGGAUAUCCUAUGACACACUAUUGAACAGCAAUUAGGAAUAUUCAUCAUUGAUUUCUCCAAUCGGUUCAAGUCCAGGUCAGCUUGUACACGACGUGAAAUUUAGCGACACCAUCGGGGGCAUUGUUAAGAUUGAUGAAAACAUAAAUACCACGCGUACGUCACUGCCCACCAAGAUAUUUUAUUGGAAAUCAGUGCGUGUGCGUGUGGGGGGAGGGCGAGUAAUACAUCAAGGGAAGAUUACUUAGCAAGAGUACUUUAAGCCAAUGAUUGAUUAAGAUUAUGAUUAUGCUCACAACUGAUAGCCUAACAUUGUUGUUACAAUAAAGAUUUAUU